CUAACAAACAUCAAUCUUCUAUCUAAACAAUCAAACAUAUUUACUUAUGUCUCUUUAAAAUGACCUCCAAUUUAUAUUUAAGCUGAUUGCAUGCAAGAAACAUCUCUCCACCUCCUUUCAAUUUUCCAUUUGCCCUCAUACUUCUUUUCAUAGAUUGUCAUGGAAUCAAAUGCAAUGUCAUUACAUGAAGAUGUUUUCACUAAAUUCUUUCCUCAAGGAAUUGAUCUAAAUCCGGCAAGAAUGGUGAUAGCAGAGAUGAUGGGGACAUUUGUAUUAAUGAUAUGUGUGUGUGGGAUCAUUGGAACCACGCAGCUAACGCGAGACCAAUUGGGUCUGUUGGAAUAUGCAACAACAGCAGGAUUAACAGUCAUCGUCUUGGUUUUCUCCAUAGGCCCUAUUUCUGGAGCUCAUGUGAACCCUGCUAUCACAAUUGCCUUUGCAACUUUUGGUCAUUUUCCAUGGUCCAGGGUUCCGUUUUAUGUAUCAGCACAAAUCGUUGGAUCUGCAUUGGCAUCAUAUGCCGGAGGAUCCAUUUACGGCAUCAAACCUGAUCUAAUGACCACCCGACCUUUCCAUGGAUGCAGUUCUGCUUUCUGGGUCGAAUUCAUUGCAACCUUCAUCAUCAUGUUUGUUGCUGCUUCACUCGCAUAUCAAACAUCAGUAAGACAGUUGUCAGGCUUUGUUCUUGGAGUUGCCAUUGCACUUGCAGUACUUAUUACAGGGCCCCUUUCAGGAGGAUCGUUGAAUCCUGCAAGGUCAUUAGGGCCUGCAAUUGUUUCCAGGAACUUCAAGGACAUAUGGGUGUAUAUUACUGCGCCAAUCUUAGGAUCUAUCACAGGUGCUCUCAUGUUUCAUGUCCUGCGUAUUCAACGCCGGCCAUGCAGUUCUACUUCCUCUCCUGAUACGGGUCUACUUGCUCACUCUAUGGACUUCGGUGGGACGGUGGAUUCUAGCUAAAUCCACACAAGGUUGUGUUGUGGAUUAAAUGCAAUUGCCUUCAGAAUUAAUGAAGCGUAACAAAAACCGCCUGCAUGGAUAAGAAGAAUUACUCGCAACUUUGUGGCGCUGAUCCAAAAAAAUAUGGUGGGCUUGUAAUGAAAGAUGAAGCCUAUAAGACCUCGGAUUGAGCCUGGUAAUGUGCAUUGCAAGUGAUAUUUGAGGGUUGAGGCCUAGAACAACUUUCGUCUUUUUAGUAUUAUUUUUAUUUUUGGUUUUCGAUUCUUAA